CUGUUGCCCUGCAAGGGGCGGAACCUGGGCGCGAGGCACAGGCAGGUCGCUACCAGCUCCUGGCCCUGCACGUGGGCUGAGCCGCAGCGGCUACACAAGGGCCUCAUUCAGAGUGCGCCAGGCUGCACCAGGAAUCCCCCCCACCCCCAUCCCUGGCCCUGAGCGAGUGCGCAGCAAGGACGCAGCAGCCCGGGUGGGACGGUGCCCGCCAGCUAGCGGGAGAGGCGAGUCCUGUCUUCUGGAAGUGGGAGCGCUGGAGUCCAGUUCUCAGGGCCCUGGAGAUGAGAACUGCUGUCUGCCCAGCCUUUCACUUGUGUUAGGGAUACACUGUUUCCUUUCCAAAUAAGUGUCCUCAACAACUUAAAACGGUGAUUUAGAGACCAAUAUUUAAGGAAAUAACCAUGUGGCACAGGAUUCAGCCGGAGGCAAGCCCAGGGUGGUUCCAGCAGGCAGAAGGCACUGGAGACCUGGUGCCCCAUGCAGAUCACUCUGCACACCAGGGUCCUGCUGGCCCUGCCUGAGGUAGAGACGUCUGCGGUUCAGGGGGCCUACUGGGGUGAAGGGAAGACUGGGUCUUGGCCAGCAAGGCCCCAGGACCCAAGACACUCACCUGUGUGCCUGGCCAGGCCACAGGAUGAAGACCCAGACCUCAAAGCACAGAGAAACAGAGGGACACGCAGUGGGUGAGGCUUAGAUCCCGGGGUCCUGCCGGUCUCUCAAAGGACACCAAACCUCCACUGUCUUUCUUCACCUUCUUUAGACACCCAACUAGGCAGGGGCUGGGACAGCAGAAGGCCGAUUCCCUGCCACCAAGGCAACCAAGGCCAGGCACCUAGGUGCUGUGAGUGCUGAGAACAGCGCCUCCCUGAAACGUCUCCACCUGCCUAAAAUCCCACCACAGUUGCUCCAAGCCUAGAGAGCACCCCAAAUCCCGGUUCCCACCUCCUGAGACGGGGAGGCGCCACCCCUGCCCUCCCCCCACCCUGCCCCCUCACAUCCCACCACGGUGUCUCCAUGCACGCAGGAGCCCUCCACGCCAUGCCCCAAGGUGGUGAGGCCCCACCUGGCAGGCCCUAUCUCUGUCCACAGGGGCCACCCAGGGAGUUCCCUCACUGCCACACUGCCGGUAGCUGGGUCAGAAGAUAAGCAUAUAUGAGCCCCUCGGCGGUGCCCCCCACUCCGGCCCUGAUGUGAGCCUUAUCUGCCUCGGGCUGCGGUGACGCAUCCCACCUGCCCUCUGGCCCGUGGCUCAGAUUAGCCGCGCAGGUAAUGCUCAUCUGGAGGAAACCUGACUCAGCAGUCUUUGGAGUAAAUAAUUUAACUGCAAGCCCAGCACAGCCAAGCAGCCAGAGGCCGAGCGCAGAGCACGAGCCGCCCGUCAGUGCAGACCGCUCCACGCCAGCACCCGCCGCCUGCACUCCCGGCCUCUGACAGGAGCCACAGGGCUCUGGGGACACGAAGGCCUGGCUCCGCUACCUGCCGAGCCCGAGAGGGUCUCCCUCAGGUAAGAGUUGCCUGGGACCUGCUGCAGGACAGUGAGGGCCAGGUCUGUACGGAGCCAGGGCGGGAUGCUGGGAGCGGAAACACCCGGUUCCAGGCAUUCUUUCGCGGACGCCAGGCACGAGGCAGGUGGCAUCUGAACAGCCCUCAGUCGAUGCACGUGGACGCCAGGGGCGGGGUGAGUGUCAGGGUGUCUAAGGUCCCUGUGUGGUGAGGCUGCAGAGGAAGGAAACAGCUCCCAUAACGUCCCCUCGAGGGCGGGCCUGCUGCCUGAGCCCACAGGGGCCGUGUCCGCCUGCCUGCGCCUGUCGCCAGGCCAGGCCUACCACCAGCUCUCCACACCCUGGGGAGACCCAGGCCCCGUGCACACCGUGUCAGAGUGACCAGGCUCUGAGGGACAACCUGCUUCAUAUCACCAGGAGGGGAUUUCAAGCACAGCUUGACCUCAGCACAGCUGUGAACGGGGGAGACCAAGGCCGCCGACACCCUGGUGCUCCCUGAGCCCAGAGGCAAGGUACGGCUGGGCCCUGGGCGGCAGGCUGCCCUCCGGACAGCAGUGGCAGUUGGCACCUUGUUCCCUGGUGCGCCUGCACGGUCAGAUACUAGCCUAAACCCAGUGACAUUAACACGCACUGGGGAAAGGGUGCCCGCAACCCCAGAACACUCUGGGUGUGCGAUGGACGCCACUCACCCUGGCUCCCCUCCCAGCUGGCCCCCUCGAAGCACGUUCCGGCUACGAGGACCGGGCUAGGGUCCCAGCGCCUGCAGGCCUCUUCCUCCGAGCCUCUGCCAGCCCCAGAGCCACAGUGCAGGGCUGACAGACACCAGAAGGGACCACGGUAGUUUGGAUGGGGGAGUGGAGAGGCCUCCCGUGGGGGCCUGGACGGGGAGGUGGACAGGGAGCAGCAGAGCCUGGUUCAGCCACGUGCAUCUGAGUCUCUGUAACACCCUCGACUCUUGCUCGUCUCACCACUUCCCCACUGCAGGCUUCCCCUGGGGGCCGGGUGCCCCAGGAUGGACGUGUCCCCUGAAUGCACACCACAGGCCACGGGGCCGGUGCUGGUCCGCCGGCGGCCCCCAGCACCCCCGGGCCUGGGUGAGGCUCUGAAGGCCAGGCUGCGGCGGAGCUGUGUGUGCAGCGUGCAGGGGGCCUGGGCGCUGCUGCAGGACCUGUUCCCAGCCACACGCUGGCUCCGCCAGUACCGGCCUCGGGAGGACCUGGCGGGUGACACCAUGUCUGGGCUGGUCAUCGGCAUCAUCCUGGUGCCGCAGGCCAUCGCCUACUCGCUGCUGGCUGGGCUGCCGCCUGUCUACAGCCUCUACACGUCCUUCUUCGCGAAUCUCAUCUACUUCCUCAUGGGCACCUCGCGCCACGUCUCCGUGGGCAUCUUCAGCCUGCUGUGCCUCAUGGUGGGUCAGGUGGUGGACCGCGAGCUCCUGCUGGCCGGCUUCGACCCUGCCCAGGACGGCCUGGGGCCUGGGGCCAACAGUAGCGCCCUCAAUGCCUCAGCCGCCACGCUGGUGCUCGGGUUGCAGGACUGCGGGAGGGACUGCUACGCCAUCCGCGUUGCCACCGCCCUCACACUGGUGGCCGGGAUUUACCAGGUCCUCAUGGGCAUCCUCCGGCUAGGCUUCGUGUCCACCUACCUCUCGCAGCCGCUGCUGGAUGGCUUCGCCAUGGGGGCCUCAGUGACCAUCCUGACCUCCCAGCUCAGGCACCUGCUGGGCGUGCGGGUCCCGCGGCAUCAGGGCCCAGGCAUGGUGGUGAGCACGUGGCUGAGCCUGCUGCGCAGCGCUGGGCAGGCCAACCUGUGCGACGUGCUCACCAGCGCCACGUGCCUGGCCGUGCUGCUGGCGGCUAAGGAGCUCUCGGACCGCCUCCGGCACCGCCUGCGGGUGCCGCUGCCUGCAGAGCUGCUGGUCAUUGUGGUGGCCACGCUCGUGUCCCACUUUGGGCAGUUCCAUGAGCGCUUCGGUUCCAACGUGGCUGGCGACAUCCCCACUGGCUUUGUGGCCCCACGAGUGCCAGAUCCAGAGCUGAUGUGGCGGGUGGCACAGGACGCUGUGUCCCUGGCCCUCAUAGGCUCUGCCUUUUCCAUCUCACUGGCAGAGAUGUUUGCCCGCAGCCACGGCUACUCCGUGCGCGCCAACCAGGAGUUGCUGGCCGUGGGCUGCUGCAACGUGCUGCCCGCCUUCUUCCACUGUUUUGCCACCAGUGCUGCCCUGUCCAAGAGCCUGGUGAAGACAGCCACUGGCUGCCGCACGCAGGUGUCCAGCGUGGUCAGCGCUGCCGUGGUGCUGCUGGUGCUGCUGGUGCUAGCGCCACUGUUCCGGGACCUGCAGCGGUGCGUGCUGGCCUGUGUCAUUGUCGUCAGCCUGCGGGGGGCCCUGCGCAAGGUGAGGGAUGUCCCACGGCUGUGGCGGCUCAGCCCAGCCGAUGCACUAGUCUGGGUGGCCACCGCGGCCACCUGCGUGCUGGUCAGCACCGAGGCCGGGCUCCUGGCUGGCGUCCUCCUCUCAUUGCUCAGCCUGGCCAGCCGCACACAGCGCCCUCGUGCCGCCCUGCUCGCCCGAGUUGGGGAUUCUGGCUUCUACGAGGACAGCACAGAGUUUGAGGGCCUGGUCCCCGAGCCUGGCGUGCAGGUGUUCCGCUUCUCGGGGCCACUCUACUAUGCCAACAAGGACUUCUUCCUGCGCUCGCUCUACAGCCUGACGGGGCUGGACGUGGGGCAUGUGACUGCCAGGAGGAAGGAGCAGGGCUCAGGGGUGGGGGCUGGCAAAGGAGAUCUGGUCCAAGGCCGGGACCUGGGCCCAGUGAGCAGCACGGCCGCGCUGGUGCCGUCGGCAACCGGCUUCCACGUGGUGGUCAUUGACUGUGCCCCGCUGCUGUUCCUGGACGUGGCUGGCCUGGCCACGCUGCAGGACCUGCGCCGAGACUACGAGGCCUUGGGCAUCACCCUGCUCCUGGCCUGCUGCAGCCCCUCAGUAAGGGACACCCUGAGGAGGGGCGGCUUCCUCGGGGAGGACCAGGAGGACGUGGCUGAGGAGGAGCAGCUGUUCCCCAGCGUGUACGGUGCUGUGCAGGCGGCCCGAGCCCGUCACAGGGAGCUGGCAGCCACAGACUCCUCCCUCUAGGAGAGCUAGUGCCUGCCACCAGCCUCCACCUGUACCGUCGAUCACUGCCGUCCCCACCCUAGAGGAACUGGGGAACCCCGACUGGGACGGAGGGCGACACUGUGAACACCCACAAGGACUCAGACGCUUGAGAACCCACCACCGCACCUUUGAGACACGCUGCCACAGUGCCACCUGGGCCCAGGGUUGUGCACCUGUGGUCUGUGGAGCCGAUCUGACCUUCAGUGUCCUGUCUUAAACCAGGACCCCGAGGCAGUCACGUGGCCGCCGAGGUGC